AUGCUCAGAAAUAGCCUUGGAGCGACUCCCCUUGCGCGCCAGCUCGCCUUCCCAAGGCUGCUAGGUGGGUCGGCCAAGCCUGGAUGGGCAAUGGCCACCCCGAAAACCCUGGAUGCUUUCCGAGCAAUGUUUGCUUCCGACACGAAAAAGUGCGAAGGGCUUCGACGGAUGCACACCAGGGUCCAGGGCCCGCAGGAAACGGUGCUCCAGUUUGCAUACGAGCUUCGGAGAAGCGAGGAGGAACUCACACCGGACACCACCGAAAUCGAGAUGGUCGCAGGGAUGACUGAGAGAACCUUGCCGCAUAUCAGGAGGCAACUGCUUAAGCGGGCGGACCUGAGGAACCUGGAUAGCAGCCAAAUCAUCCAGCUGGCUCGGGAAGCUGAAGAGAAGCAACGACUG